GUGGGUUUAUUUCGGAUCCCGCUGGCGCUCUCUGCUGGUCACCGGGGGGAAGGCGAUUCCGCUUCACUUCUCAGAGGAAAAUGGCGGAAGGCGAGCUGAAUGUGGACAGCAUCAUCUCCCGACUCCUGGAAGUGCGAGGAUGCCGUCCCGGGAAGAUCGUGCAGAUGACGGAGGCGGAGGUGCGGGGGCUCUGCAUCAAGUCCCGCGAGAUCUUCCUCAGCCAGCCCAUCCUGCUGGAGCUGGAGGCGCCGCUCAAGAUCUGCGGUGAUAUCCACGGGCAGUACACAGACCUGUUGCGGCUCUUUGAGUACGGGGGCUUCCCCCCAGAGGCGAAUUACCUGUUCUUGGGCGACUAUGUGGACCGAGGGAAGCAGUCGCUGGAGACCAUCUGUCUGCUGCUGGCCUACAAGAUCAAAUACCCCGAGAACUUCUUCCUGCUGAGGGGCAACCACGAGUGUGCCUCCAUCAACCGCAUCUACGGCUUCUACGACGAGUGCAAGCGCAGAUUCAACAUCAAGCUGUGGAAGACCUUUACCGACUGCUUCAACUGCCUGCCCAUCGCUGCCAUCAUCGACGAGAAGAUCUUCUGCUGCCACGGAGGUUUGUCUCCUGACCUGCAAUCUAUGGAGCAGAUCCGUCGGAUCAUGAGGCCCACUGAUGUUCCUGAUACAGGUCUGCUGUGUGACCUGCUCUGGUCGGAUCCAGAUAAGGAUGUUCAGGGGUGGGGGGAGAAUGACCGCGGCGUGUCCUUCACCUUUGGGGCCGAUGUGGUCAGCAAGUUCCUCAACCGCCACGACCUGGACCUCAUCUGCAGAGCGCACCAGGUGGUGGAGGAUGGGUAUGAGUUCUUUGCAAAGCGGCAGCUGGUGACGCUGUUCUCAGCUCCCAACUAUUGCGGGGAGUUUGACAACGCGGGGGGGAUGAUGAGCGUGGACGAGUCUCUCAUGUGCUCCUUUCAGAUCUUAAAGCCGUCAGAGAAGAAAGCCAAGUACCAGUACGGGGGUGUGAAUUCGGGGCGGCCUGUCACCCCUCCACGCACCACCCAGGCCCCCAAGAAGAGGUGAGCGGCCGGCCCCACCCUCCCACUGCGCCCGCCUAACCCUCUCCUCUGCCUGCGGGGGCGCUGUGGCCCCUCUCACUCUCUUACACACGUGUACAUAUACAUUUUGCCGUGACCGAUCUCUUCUUUCGCUUGUUGGUUUGUUGGUAUUUCAGUAUUAAUAUCAUUAGUGGGCUGGUGUUGCUCGGCUCGCGGUACUUUGGGGUGCAGUGUGUCCCGGACCCUGCCUGCAGGGGAUACAGGUGAAGGGCACCUGUGGGGCCGCAGUGAACACGUCUCACCUGUCAGCCCCGCCUCGGUCACUGACCGUGCCCGGAGUGAGGCAGCAUGAUUCCACAGGGAGGAACACUCAAACACAGUCAGUAACAGAACCAAGAUCAUGUUGCACCCACAUAUACACAUGUACACACACACGCACACACACACGCACACACACACACACACACACACAC